AUGCCGCCGCCGCCGCCGCCGCCAAAGGACGAGGGUUACAGGCCGAACACAGCGUCGACAAAACGACUUUCCUACUCCACCACAGUAUCUACCUCCCAGAAGACGAUAAAGUACGCGACGUGGGGAAGGUUUGCGGGCACUGAGUUGUCGCCGCAGCCGAGUGAUGAUCCCGAGGACCCAUUGAAUUGGCCACAAUGGAAAAAGGAGCUCAACUUUGCUUCUUUGGUAUUUUUUGUCGCCCUGGUAUCGGCGAUGAAAACUGCCUUCAUGAGCGUCAACAACGUCAUGGCUCGGCGGUACGAGGUGUCCUACUCCGCCGUCAUGGCUCUCACAGCCGUGCCGCUCGUGCUAUCUGCCUUUAGCGGGCUAGCUAGUCUCACAGCGGCCAAGGUAUGGGGAAAGCGCCCCGUCUACCUCGCGUCCAUGGUCUUGGUUUUCAUCGGGUCCAUGUGGAACAUGAGGACUCUCGACAGCUACCGGCAGUGCAUGGCCGCGAGGGUAUUCCAGGGCCUUGGCUGGGGUGCUUUCGACACCCUAGUGCUGGGUUCCAUUUACGACACCUUCUUCGAGCAUGAGCGCGGUCUGAGAAUCGCCAUUUACAACCUCAUCACCGUCGCGGUCACCUGGGGUGCACCGCUCUUUGGUGGCCUCGCAUCCCGCAACGCCGGCCGCUUCACCCUCCAGUUCGAAAUCAUCAACGCUUUCUUCAUCGCCGCGGUGCCCCUCGUCGUCUUUGGGACCGCCGAGUCGACCUUUGACCACAGCUGGAGCAUUUCCCUCCGGACCCCCGGUACCGCCAAGAGCCAGUUCCGCCAGCCCCUCAUUCCCCGGGGCCCCUUGAAGAUCACCCGGCAAGAUGUUCUCGACUACCUCAAGACCAUCCCAGCCUCGUCUUACAAGGGCUCCAUGGAGGCCCACACCCUUUUGCAGGCCCCGCGCGCCUUUGCGGCGCCCACCACCGUCCUCCUCUGCGCCGUCACCUUUUUGCCCUACGGCUCCCUCUGGGUCCUCACGGAGACGGUCUCCCUCCUCUUCACAACCGAGCCAUUUGCUCUGCGCGAAGAUAGCAUCAGCAGCCUCAUGGGCGGCCCCUUUAUGAUUAUGACAGUUGUCGUCUCCCUCGUUGCUUACUACGACCCCUUCCAAGCCCAGUUCAACAAGCCCAAGCACUUUGCGGCCCUCGUCGCCGGAACCGCGCUCUUCAUGUCCGGCCUCCUCUCCUUUGGCCUUGUGACGACGCCGAACCUCCUGUCCCAGGCCUCGGGCUUCAACUACCCCUUGCUCGCUUUCCUCCUCGCUCUCCUCGCGGCUGGCUUCAGCACCCUCGACGCCACCGUCUCUCCUCUCAUCUUCAACUCUGCCCAGUUCACCUCGUCCAACCUCUACACCUGCCUGCGCAACGUCGCCGACAUGUCUGCCGGCGUGAGCUGCCUCCGCACCCUCUUUGCUGGCAUCCUCGUCCAGACCGUACCUUCUGCCGUCGAGGUCAGCCGCAGUGCCCUGGCGAGGCACGCCGUCGCCCUCGCUUGCACGCAGGUCCUCGUCGUCGCCAUCGCCAUCUCCGCCUGGUCUCUCUGCUGCGAGAGGGUGCGGAGGUUAGAUGGCCGCGUGAUGGGCCUCGUCGACCUGAGCAUGCUGAGGAGGAACGCAAGCUUCUUCGAAUACGACGAUUAA